AACUAAAUCAAUCAUGUUAGAAAGAAUAUUGCUUCCCCACUUCAUUCAGUUUUAGUUCGGAAAAUAGAAAAUGUAACACACUAUAAGUUUAAAGUCACUCUGUUCACACCCGGUUAUAUUUAAUCAAUGAUUUAUUCAAGCCACAUGUACCUAACUCACAUAAUACUUUCUUGCAGUUAAAUUUAUGUCAUUUUUCGGACUUGGAUUACUUGUAAGUUUUAUAGUUCCUGCUGACUUUAUAAGGUCAGGUUGCUCAAACUAUCAGCUAAGCUCAGACUUUCCUAGACUUGAACACGUUAACAGUUUUGAUGAAUUUAUCGAUCAAACAGGACGUCAAUACAGCAAUGAGUUUGAAAAACAAAUGCGAGAGACGAUUUUUGUCACAAAAAAGAAUCUCAUUGAUGUCACUAAUAAAGCUUUUGAGAACGGUUUAUCCACAUUUGCACUUGGAAUAAAUCCUUUUGCUGACCGAACCUUAGUUGAGUACAGCAGACUUCAUGGAUCCAAAAUUUCUCUUAAAGGAGAACAAAGAGUUGGUAAACAUCGAAACUAUUUAAAAAAGAAUUCCGUUAAAGAUCUUCCUGAUAAUUUUGACUGGCGUGAGCUUGGAGGAGUAACAUCAGCCAAAUUUCAAGGAGCAGAUUGUGGCAGUUGUUGGUCUUUCGCUGUGAUUGGGGCCUUAGAAGGACAUUUAUUUAGAAAGACUGGGUUUUUGGUACCUCUUUCGGCUCAAGAUUUGAUAGACUGUGCGGAAUCAUAUGGAAAUAAUGGUUGUGAAGGUGGCUUUCAGGAAUAUGGCUUUGAUUACAUUGUCGAACAUGGAAUUGCAUUAGAUACUCGGUAUCCGUACACACAAAUGGAAAACCCACAAUGUCAUCAUAACGAGACUGGUAUUGGCAUUAAAAUAAGGGAUUAUGCGAGUAUUAAGCCAGGCGAUGAAGAGAGAAUGAAAGAAGUAAUUGCAACCUUGGGACCCAUAGCUUGUUCCAUGCAAGCGAGUCUUAACUCUUUCCAACUCUAUAAAGGCGGAUUGUACACUGACGAUGAGUGCAACAAGGGUGAAGUCAAUCAUUCUGUUGUUGUAGUGGGCUACGGCCAGGCAAAUGGACGUGAUUAUUGGAUAAUAAAGAAUUCUUAUUCACCAAAUUGGGGCGAAAACGGUUUCAUGAAACUUCCUCGAAAUGAGGAUGGGUUCUGUGGUAUAGCUUCGGAAUGCAGUUAUCCAGUUUUGUGAUUGAUGUUUAAACAUUUCUUUUAGUUUUUUAUGUUUAGUUUAAGUUAUAAAGGCAUACAUAUUAUAUAAACAUUGGCUGAUAGACUGUUAUUUUUAUU